AUGAUUUGGGGUCUUCUGCGAGCCGUGCAGCAUACGGAAAAGCUGCACAGGUCCGCAGGGGCGCGAGCGUUUGGCUCCCACUUUGUGCUGAACAAAGCUAGCUUGAAAACUGAGUCCAGCUUGAGAUGGGGGCGGCCUAGAGCUGUCCGUGGGGUCACCCCACGAACCAUCUGGACGCAGGAACGGGCCCCCCGCAGAGCGAAGGAGGACGGCAGCAAACAAGUGUCUGUGCACAGAAGUCAAAGAGGAGAAACCGUUGUGUCAACGUCACAGAAAGUGAAGGAAGCUGGGAGAGAUUUGACCUACUUCAUGGUGGUGCUUAUUGGAGUCGGCAUUACAGGUGGCUUGUUUUACGUGAUUUUUAGAGAACUUUUUUCUUCAUCCAGCCCUAAUAAGAUCUAUGGAAAAGCCUUAGAGAGAUGCAGAUCACAUCCCGAGGUCAUAGGUGUUUUUGGUGAGCCGAUCAAAGGCUACGGGGAGACUACCCGGCGUGGGAGGCGACAGCAUGUCAGUUUCAUUGAGUUUGUCAAAGACGGGCUGCGGCACAUGCGCCUGAAGUUCUACAUCCAGGGCUCGGAGCCGGGGAAGCGCGGGACCGUGCACCUGGAGGUGCAGGAGAACCCAGAGACUGGUGAAUAUGAAUACCGUUACUUAUUUGUAGAGGUUGACAGCUAUCCUGGGAGAGCUAUUGUCAUUGAGGAUAAUCGAUCCUGA